UAUGCUUUGAACACGAAAAAUGAUGAACAUGAAGCUGCUAUCCAAGCUCUUAAGGAUGCUCAUGAAGAAGAAAUUCAACAAAUUCUUGCAGAGACUAGAGAGAAAAUCUUGCAGUAUAAAAGUAAAGUUGCAGAAGAAAUGGAUCUCAAGAGAAAGAUCCAAGUUUUAGAAGAGUCACUGGAAGAUCAUAAAAAGAUGAAACAUCAGGCCUUGACAGAAUUUGAAGCAUACAAGGGUAGAGUUGAAGAUAUGCAGCUUUGUGCAGAAGCUCAGCAUGUCCAACGUGUAGUGACCAUGUCAAGAGAAGUAGAAGAGAUCAGAAAGAAAUUCGAGGAAAGGUUACGAAGUUUCAUACAGUUGCAAGUGCAGUAUGAGAAGGACAAGCGUACAGCUCUGGAGGACUUGAGAGCUGCCCAUAGGCUUGAGAUUCAGGAACUUCUGAAGACUCAACAGAGUCAGAAUGCUACUUUAAGUAAGGGGCAAGAAAAGCUAGAGGAGUUGCAUAGACUAGAGCUGGAAGACUUGAACAGUAAAGUUGAAGAGUUAAGGCUGGAAAGGAAAAAACUGAUUGAGGACUACGAAAGCAAACUCAGCAAAGCACAGUCCUUCUAUGAACAUGAACUUGAUUCUUUGAAAAGAUCUCAGCUUUUUACAGCAGAAAGUCUGCAUGCAUGCAAAGAAAAAGAAGCAGAGCUAAGAAAAGAAUUUCAAAACCAAGAAAGUAUUUUACGGAAGAAUCUGGGAAAGCUUAAAACUGAACUGCAAAUGGUCCAGGAUGAAGCUGCCAGUCUACGGGAAAAAUGCCAGAAACUUCAGGUGGCCCUUGGUACAGCAGAAAACAAUGUUCAGGUUCUUCAGAAACAGCUAGAUGAUGUGAAGGAGGAGGAGAUGUCAUUGUUAAGCAAACAUAAAGAAGUGGAAAGUGAGCUAGCAGCUGCUAGAGAGCGCUUACAGCAGCAGGCCACUGAUCUUGUUCUCAAAGCCAGUCACAUUGGAAUGCUUCAAGCUACUCAAAUGACUCAAGAAGUUACAAUCAGAGAUUUGGAAUCGGAAAAAUCUAGGUUAAAAGAAAAACUGUCCCAACUGGAAGAGGAAAGGAACUUACUACAAAGCAAAACACAAAGUCUGGAUGAGCGACAAAGGCAGCAAAUUCUGGCCUUGGAAAAGAAAGUAAAUGAAGCAAGGGAGACACAACGUGAAUAUUAUGAGAAGGAGCUGGUUAAAUUGCAAGCGAGACUGGAAGGAGAGGCUGCACAGUUGAAGGAGGCUCAUUCCAAGACAUUAGAAGAAUUGGCUUGGAAACACCAUACUGCAAUUGAGGCUGCACACACUAAUGCUAAUAAGGAUAAGAAAAAGCUGCAGAUGGAGUUGGAGCAGCAGUUUGAGAAGGAGAAACUGCAUUUGGAGGAUGAUAAGAAUCAGCUUCGACAGCAGCUGGAAAACAUGAAGGAAGAGCUGACGACAAAACUGACAUCUGCCAAUCAGGAGGUAGGAGUUAACUUAAUUGUAUUAGCUAAUGGUCGUGUGCACUAGACCACAUUUCAUCAACAAUCAUCUUGUGCUUAGAGUUCAGUACAGAGCUAGGACUCAAUGCUCACUCUAAAUGCCUUAUAUCUGUUUAAAUUGGAGUAUUCUUCAAACAUAAGUUACAGGACUGUUUCUGGGCACUGAUUUUUAUAGUUGUUUACAAAAUUAACAAAGGAA